AUGCCGGUGAUCCUCGGGGAGGUCAGCAUUCUCACCACCCCGCUCUCGGGGGUCCGCAUUUGGGCUCUCGUCUCGGGAUGCGUCACCUUCAGCCUGGUGGCCUCCACGGUGGACGACACGCCGGGGGACGACACGCUGGGGGACGCCCAGCGCUCCGAGCUCUUCCGCACCUUCUGCAUGUCCGCCUGGAUCCUCUUCUUCACCCUCAGCCUCCUCAUCCUCACCAUCACCUACAUCCAGUUCCACAGCCUGCUGCCGCUCUCCUGGAAGAACCUGACGGUGACGGUGGCCGCCACGGCCGCGCUGGUGGUUCUGGCCGCCACGCUGGCGUACCCGUCUCUGGUGCCGGGAGAGCACACCAACAGGUCUGUGAUGGCCACCAUCUUCUCAGGCCUCACCUUCCUGGCCUACGCCACAGAGACCCACCUCAUCCGCCGGGAGCAGAAGGGCUACAUGGCCAGCGUGCCCGGGCUGCUCAAAGUGCUCCAGGUCUUCGGGGGGUGCGUGGGUCUGCUGCUGAUGACGGACCAGGUGGCUCACCAGGUGGCUCACGAGAGCACUGAUUGGGGGGUGUGGAUCCCCGGGGUGGCGUACAGCCUCGGUCUCUCAGCCUCGCUGGGAACCGUGGUGGUCAUGGUGGGGGACUGCGCCGGACGGUGCCCGCUGCCUUUCGACCGAAUCCUGGCCGGGUUGAGCUCGCUGGGAGUCCUGCUCUACAUGGUGGCGGCGGUCGUGAGCUCCACCAAAGUGCUGAACUUGUACAGGCCGAACGCACUCUCGUCUGAGGGGAGACUCGUCAUCAUCAUCGUCUCUGAGAUGGCCUUUGCGUGCGUCACCUUGCUCAGUUACACCGUCGAUCUGGCCUUCUCAGUCAAACUCUUGUGUGACAGAAUCUGA